AUGGCUCACCAACUCUCGCUGGUGAGCAUCUACGACUCCACCACCUCCAGCGUGAACGCCGUAGCGUUCUCGCCAUGCGGGCAGUACAUCGCGGCGGCAAGGCAACCCUUCGCUGUCGAGAUUUACAACGUCGAAACCAGAGUGCAUAUAACGUCGCUACGCGAGUCGGACGAGCACGCGGCGAUACGAACGAUCAUCUGGAUACCCAAGACUGACGGCUUGGUCGGGAAAACCCUCAGCGGGUACCGAAUUAUCACCAUUGGCUUGCACGCCGUCAUCACCGACUGGGACCUGGAGCUUCUCCUGCCAGUGAGGUCGUGUUGUUCCUACGGAGGAGCCAUAUUCUCGGCUGCGCUGACGCAGUGUGGUACAAGGGUCCUUAUCGCAUGUGACGAUGGAAGAGUCCGGGCAUUCCGGCUCUGGAGCUCAGACGACAGGCACACCAGGGACCCGGAACUUGAAUUCGAUAAGGUGUACGCCUGUCACACCAAGAGCAUACUGAGCGUGUGCGCGCUACCUGAUGGGUCGUUCUUCUGCGGGACUGCGGAUGCCAUCAUCUUCAGGCAUGGCCCGUCUUCCGAGGCGCCGGCCACCAAAAUAAAGGUGCCGGGGCUGAAGAAGCAGGGGCCCCCUGUCUCCAAAAAGAGGAAGACGGGCAAUGCAGAUUCCGAAGCAGAAGCGGAAGCGGAGACGGAUGCUGCUGCCGAGGAGAACCGGCUAGCGAACACCGCAGACGACCAACAGGAGCCGCAAAUAUGGGCGCUGGUGUUCAUAGAGAAGCACCAGAUGCUAGCCAGUGGGGAUUCCGCCGGCAACGUUAUCCUAUGGGAUGUGAAGACCUGCACUAUGCACAAAAUGUUCACGCAACACUGUGCUGACGUGCUGUGUCUGGCCGUCGGUGCCGACGGCGACACGCUCUUCUCCGGCGGCGUGGACACGCAAAUUACGGUCUACGCCUACAACGAGAGGAACUACCUGAAGCAGAAUGCCCCUGCCGGGUGGAGUGCCAACGGGGUCAAGUAUUACCACAAGGGCGACGUGAGGUGCUUCGCAGUGCACCCGAACGACGACCGGAUAGUUAGCAGCGGCAGCGACGGCAUACUCACCAUAUCCAGAGGGCUCAAGCACCAGAACAACAAGAGGUGCAGGACCAACCUCAUACUGCUCAACAUCCCGAGCUGGGUGGGCUCGCCAGUGGUCAUGAGCAAGGACAAGACGCUGGCGCUGUGCCGGUACCGGGACCACUGCGACCUGUGGUACGUGCCCAGGGAGUCGCCGGAUGAUACCGAAAUGCCGUACAAGCUAGCCGCCAUCAAACUCAAGCGGGAGGGAGGGCAAAUCGUCGCGGCGCAAUUGUCGCCGGACGCAAGUGUAAUGGCAAUCGCCAACCAAAAGCAUAUGCGGUUACUACGAUUUUGUGCCGAAAAUCUGGAAAUAAGGUCCAGUGACCAACAGGUGCAAGAAAUGAUUGUCCACGCGAUGCAUUUCGUGUCCAACACCGAACUACUACUGUCGCACCUCGAAAAGGGUGACACCAAGUUCCGCCUGUCAAGGUUCAAUGUCGAAACCGGGGAGAUGCGCCAAUUGCAGCACCACAUCAGCGACCCCAUCAUAAAGAUCGACGUUGCGCGAUUCAACCUCGACGAGAAGCUGCAACGCAGACUGAUCACGUUGUACAGCCUGGAGGGGUUCGUGUACCUCCUCGACCUGGAAACCGAGACGAUACACGAGCUGCCCAGGUUUGAAAACGGAUACAGGGUGGUAUCCACCUGUGCGAGCCCCGAUUUCAAGUACCUCGCGGUAUUUUCCAAGGGCUCGCUCUACUACUUCUACAACGUGGAAAUGCGCACCAUCAUCGCAUACGACGGCGAGACCAUACACAGGGUCCCGAAUAGGAUCUGCAACAGCAACGUGCAGAUAUACAACGCAAUUUGGUACAAUAAGGACCAGCUGAAUCGCAUCUUCAUUCAGACUUCCAACAACCUGUACGCCAUAAAAAUCGAGGAGGAGCUGUUCGGCGUCGAGGGGAAAUCGAACCGGGAAAAGCCGGCGACCGAAAACGCCAGGAUUAACACGCGACAGAAGAUUUACAUCGGGCCGAGGAAAUUUAGUGACGCACCCUGUAUCAAGAAGUACCUGCACCAACCACCGGCGCUGUUCAGGGCGUCGCUCCAGCACCUGAAGCAGCUCAAGAGCGCGGAACCGGAGGACGAUGCUGAAGUGGCACAGCAGCCUCUGGCGAUCGGGAGGUACCUGGGGAUCAACAAGUCGAAGUUCCUGGUGCACAUGGAACUGACGGCCGCCGAAGGGGGCCUGAAGAUUAUCGCCUUCUACAUGGCGCCGCCGCACAAUAGCAUAUUCCACAGGAAACGAUACGGAACGUGA